ACAAAUCGCACAUUUCCUCCAAUUUCAGCACUGUUUUUUCACUAUGCCCACUUACGGCGGAGACGAGGUUAAUGCACUGGUGAUUGAUGUCGGCAGCACAUGGACGCGUGCCGGUUUCGCUGGCGAAGACAUGCCCAAGGCAUACUUCCCCUCACACGUUGGCUACGUCGAGACUGAGGUUGAGGCCACCGAAACCGUCGACACGCCUGCCUCAAAGCCUGCCACCGAGACCGACGUCGAGAUGAACGGACAGCCCACCGAAGCCAACGGCGUUCGCAGCUAUUAUGUCGGCGACUCAGAGUCAGCAACGUGGCGCGCAAACAUGGAGAUUGGUCGGCCGCUGGAGCACGGGCUGGUCAAGGACUGGGACAUUUACGAGAAGAUUUGGGAGUACGCGUUCAAGUCGCGUCUGCACGUGAACCCGUCGGAGCACCCGGUGAUGGUUAGCGAGGCGGCGUGGAACACGACUGCGUUGCGCGAAAAGCUGAUCGAGAUGGCCUUUGAGAAGUUCAGCUCACCGGCAUUCUAUGUGUGCAAGACGCCGGUGCUGGCAGCCUUCGGCACUGGAAAGCAUACAGGCCUGGUGGUGGAUGUGGGCGGCGAAAUGGCCAGCGCGUGUGCCGUGUACGAGGGCUUCUGCCUGUCAAAGACCAUAGUCAAGCAGGAGCUCGGCGGCGAGCUUUUGUCUGAGCAGAUCCUAGCCAUGCUUAAGGACAGCCAGCAGUACGAGCCGACGCCAAUUUUCGACAUCAAGGCCAAGGCGGCUGUCGAGACGCUGCAGCAGCCGCAAGUUGAGCGGUUUGGACGGGCUGGCACGACCGACUCGUUCCUCCAUGAUAUGCGGCUGCGCGCAGUGCAGGAGUUCAAGGAGGCCACAUGCGAGUUCAUCGAGACGCCGUUCAUGGAGCAGAAUGCCGGCUCGCGCCCGCACAAGCCGUUCGAGUUCCCAGACGGCUUCAACAUGUCUGUUGGCUCAGCGCGGUUCAAGAUCCCCGAGAUCCUGUUUGAUCCAAACACAUACAUGGUUAAGCGGCCGAAGCGGCUGGAGAACGUGCAGCUGAUGGGCCUGCACGAGCUGGCCAUCAAGAGCGUGGUUGCCAGCGACAUUGAUCUGCGGCCCCAGCUUCUGAACAACGUGGUGCUGGCGGGUGCCGGUGCAUCGCUGUUCCCAGCGUACGCCGACCGCAUGUCGUUUAUGCUGACGAACUCGAUCCCCGGCGGCAAAAUCAAGCUGCACGCGCCAAACACAAACACAGAGCGCAAGGUGUCGUCGUGGCUCGGAGGAUCGAUCCUGGCGUCUCUGGGCACAUUCCACCAGCUGUGGAUCUCGCGCGCCGAGUACGACGAACACGGCGCCUCGAUUGUCGACAAAAAGUGCCAGUAAAUUUCUUCUACGCUUAAGAACAUAUCAAUUGCAACUCUACUCAGUGCUUCUGCCAGCG